CUUACAUCAAUCAUUUUUUCAUCUCAAAACUGUAUUCCUAAACCUGAUAUCACUCUAUAAUUACAAUUCCCGGUCAUAGAAUUGAAUCAAAAUUACAAUAAUGUCCGAAGAAAAAGUGGUAAAGAAGAGACCCUCGGCCUUCAAAGCCAAAUCCAAGAAACGCCGCCAAGAUGAUGAGAACGGAUCUCGAAAACGGAGAAAACUAACUGCUUAUGAGGAGGAUGAGGAAUAUCUAGACCUAGAAGCCGGCGUGAACAAGAAGAUCGCCUUAGUCGACAACCUAUUACUUGCCGACCACCUAGCCAAGAAGAUCAGGAGAUUUGGGAACGAUCUAAAGCCUGUUGAGCUGAGCCAACUAGACAUAUCACCAAACUAUAUCACAGACACGACGUCCUUCCAAGAAAUACGGACUUUAGAGAAUCUUCCCAAUUUCCUAGAGAAAUUCGCAGACCCAAAAAGCCUUGGUGAAGCGCCGAAGCAGAACGGUUCGCCUCAUACCCUCAUCGUCACCGGCGCCGGCUUAAGAGCCGCGGACCUUGUUAGAUAUGUCCGGAAGUACCAGACGAAAAAUAACGCCAUCGCAAAACUGUUCGCCAAACAUAUCAAACUCGAGGAAAGCGUGCAAUUCCUCGAGAAGCACCGCACGGGGAUUGCGGUAGGCACGCCCACCCGGUUGUCUGACUUGGUUGACAAAUCUGCCCUAAAACUAGACAAACUCGAGCGUCUAGUCGUCGACGCCUCGCAUAUCGACCAGAAGAAGCGCGGCGUCAUGGACAUGAAAGAGACUAUGCUGCCGCUGGCUCGCUGGCUAGCGCGUCACGAGUUCAAGGAGCGGUACGCCGAUCCUGAAAAAGGCUUACAAUUGCUGUUCUACUGAGAAUGGAUGUAAGGCGUUGGGGCAGGUUGUAGAUAAAAGGUUAGCCCCCUCUCCGAGAGGAUGCACACGUGAAGACGGUCACAUAUGAUACCCUAGAAAUCGAUAGACUUUUCCAUACCAAAUUGUUAUCACAUCCACGCAAAAUAAGAUUCCUAGUAAUACGAGGC